CAAGAGCAAUCAGCCAAAGGAACGUUGUAGAAGAAACCACAGGCAUGUCAAAAGUGUUUAAGAAGAACAGUAGAAAUGGCACGAUUUGUCUGUACCUGGGGAGAAGAGACUUUGUAGACCAUAUGGACCACGUUGAUGCUGUUGAUGGGGUGCUCACAGUGGAUCCCUCAGAACUUGAUGGAAGGAAAGUGUGGGUGCAGCUAGCCUGUACCUUCCGCUACGGCCCAGAUGAUUUGGAUGUGAUUGGACUUUCCUUCAGAAAAGACAUCUGGAUAGAGCACAUUCAGAUUUAUCCUCCACCUGCUCAAGACAAACCAGCUAACACAUCUUUGCAAGAUGCACUCAUAAAGAAAGCAGGGGAAGGUGCACACCCCUUCACUUUUAAUAUUCCACCAAAUCUGCCAUGCUCUGUAACUCUUCAGCCAGCACCAGGGGACAAAGGCAAGGUAUGUGGUGUUGACUUUGAACUGAAAGCCUACAUUGCCAAUGAUGCAGACAAUCCAGAAGAGAAAAUAAAUAAGAAGGAUACUUGUCGUUUAAUCAUUCGUAAAAUCCAGUUCGCACCGGACAGAUUGCAGGCUGGACCUAAGAUGAACAUCUGCAAGCAAUUCAUGAUGUCAGACAAAGCAAUUUACUUGGAUGCAUCCAUAGAGAAAGAGGUCUACUAUCAUGGUGAUCCAGUUCAUGUCAAAGUAAAAGUAAUCAAUAACACCAACAAAGUAGUCCAAAAAAUGACAAUUAUCAUUGAACAAACAACAGACGUCGUGCUCUAUUCGGCAGACAAAUACACCAAAGUGGUUCUGUGUGAAGAAUUCAGAGAUCAGGUGAAUGUCAACUCUACAUUCGAGAAGGAAUAUGAAGUUACUCCUUUACUGGCCAAUAACAAAGAGAAACGUGGUCUGGCACUGGAUGGCAAGCUAAAAGAUGAAGACACCAAUCUUGCAUCUUCCACAAUUCUGCGUAGUGGCAUGGACAAAAAAGUACAGGGGAUUCUGGUCUCCUACAAACUUAAAGUGAACCUUACGGCAGCUGGUGGUGGAAUACUUGGGAGCCUAAACUCUAGUUAUGUUACUGCAGAGCUACCCCUGGUCCUGAUGUCACAAAAGCCAAUAGCACAGACAUCAAGCCCGAGUAGACUGCCAGGCAAAUGCUAGGGAUGAGCAACUAAGACAGACAACACAAGUGGAUCUCCUGUUUAAAAAGCUACAUUUAUGCCUGGUCCAGUUUUUUACUGUCUUGAUAUCUAAAUAGAUAGAUAUAUUUAUUGUUUAAACCACUAGCUUAGCUUGUUGAAAAGGAACUCAUCAGCACUGAAGAUUAAGCCCGUUGUGUCCACACCACAGUGUAACUGUAUUUGUUAUUUCCUUUUUAAUCAUUUUGUUAUUUUGUU